CACAUCUUCUCUGAGAAGGACACGUUUCAGAGUUACAUACAACGUGACUUAGGUAAACGCGAUUUAAUGUUUUGUAUUUGGUACCCGAUAGAAUCUUCACAUAUGUAUGGAUUUGAAAUGGUUCCAUGAAGAAUAACCUUAUUUGGACAUAUACUGUGUAAAGCAUGACAUGGGAUAUUGUUAAAUACAGUUUAUCAGGAAGGAAUCCUUCAAAUUUGUGGUGGUAUUACACAAAUGUUAACAACUUGUUAACAUUCGUUUUAUUCAUCUCUUUUGUCCUUGACGCAUCAAGCUUCAAUAAAUGCUUCUGCUUAAGCCAUCUGAAGAUCUCCUGAAAGUUUCUUUCUUCAACUCACAAGAUUUCCAUCACAUUUUGGCAUUCACGGCAGCAUCCCAACAGAACAAAAAUGAUAUGAAGCUGCGUGUCCAGCUGCAGUGUAAGAAUUUGCAUGAAUACCUGAGAGACCUGAGUCCUGAGAUUUUGGACAGACUGUACAACCAUCCAGCAACAUGUCUGGCUGUCUACAGGGAACUCCCCUCUCUGGCCAAGAAUUAUGUAAUGCGUAUGCUGUUCCUGGAUCAGCCCCUCCCCCAGGCAGCAGUGGCAUUGUGGGUGAAAAAAGACAGUCAGAAGGAUCAUGACGAAUGUGUCUCAGUGUUGGCAGGACUCCGCCUUUGGCACAGUCAGCAGCUCCAGGGUGGUCUGCAAGGAUACAUUUUAAAUCCAGUGUUCAAAGAGAACCUGAGGAUUGCUCUGCUUGGCGGGGGCAGAGCGUGGGCCGAUGAGGGCAGCACUCUGGGUCCUGAUCGCCAUGCACGGGACAUUGAGAGUCUUGACCGUUAUGCUAUGGAGCGCUGGGAGGUCAUUCUGCAUUUCAUGGUGGGUUCUCCCAGUGCUGCUGUCAGUCAGGACCUGGCUCAGCUGCUGGUUCAAGCAGGCCUCAUGAAAAGUGAAGCAGGAGAGGCGCCCUAUAUCACCUCAUCUGGUUUCCAGUUCCUCCUACUGGACACAUCCUCUCAGCUGUGGUACUUCACCCUGCAGUACCUCAAAACUGCUCAGUCCAGAGGGAUGGACCUGGUGGAGAUCUUAUCAUUCUUAUUCCAGCUCAGUUUCUCUACUCUGGGCAGAGAUUACUCAGUGGAGGGAAUGAGCGAGUCAUUACUCACCUUCCUGCAGCACCUGCGGGAGUUUGGACUGGUCUUCCAGAGGAAGAGGAAGUCAAGGCGGUACUACCCCACCAGACUGGCCAUUACUCUGGCUGCAGGGGUCAACACCAGCUGUUCCUCCUCCUCCAACUCGGCUUCCACUCCUGGUACUGGAGAUGCAGGAUUCAUUGUGGUGGAAACCAAUUAUCGUAUCUACGCGUACACAAACUCGGAACUUCAGAUCGCCUUGGUGGCUCUCUUCAGUGAAAUGCUGUAUCGCUUUCCCAAUGUAGUGGUGGCUCAGGUUACAAGGGAGUCAGUGCAGCAGGCCAUUGCCAAUGGCAUCACUGCACAGCAGAUUAUCCACUUUCUCAGGACCAGAGCUCACCCUGUCAUGCUCAAACAGACCCCAGUGCUGCCUCCAACCAUAACGGAUCAGAUCAGACUGUGGGAGCUGGAGAGAGAUCGACUACAGUUCACAGAGGGAGUGCUCUAUAACCAGUUCCUCUCCCAGGCUGACUUUGAGGUGCUGCGAGACAGAGCUCAGGGUCUGGGCUGUCUGGUGUGGCAGGACGUGGCUCACAGGGUAAUGGUGGUGACACCGCAGGGACACAGUGAGGUCAAGCGGUUCUGGAAACGACAGAAGUCUCACACCUAAAUGGUGAUAAGAAGGAUACUUACACUUCAGCUCAUUCUUCUUUCCUUUUUGAUUUGUAUAAUUUUCAGAUAAGUCAAUGAUGAAAUACUGUCUUAUAUACUGCAAAUAAAGCAAAUAAUGUCUAAAUAAGCAUAUGGAUUAUAAUAUUCUGACCAUUUCAAUUAAAAGUACUGUGUUGACCACUA